AAGUAGCUCGUCGUUCGGCCCGGUCGGAUCCUCGGACAGUUACAACUUUGGACGCCCUGGGCUCUGCAGACGACGACCCCGGUAAAGGUCAGCCGUCGUCGUCAGCUUCGCUUCCGCAGACGACCAACCGCACGCGCCUGCGAAGCAUUGCGCGCCUCCGGUCGCGGCAGAAGAAGCAGAAGCGGCGACGGCGGUGCCUGCCGUGGCCUCAGAUACCGGCGUGGGGGUUGCAUUGUAGAGCAGCGAGGUCCACCACAGUUACCAGCUGCGAUCGCGCAUUCCGCGACCUCCAACCGCCUCGAUGCUGGUCGCGCGUGAAAAGAAGCGAUCGGUGGCCGCUGAGAACGAGAACAAGCAGCGCGUGAGCAGCCGCCCGGGCAAGCUGUGGCGUUCUCUCAGCGUCGCCGACAAGGAGCCUCGCCAGCGCAAGAUGGUCGCAGCUGCCGCCGUCCACAGAAGGAAGCAUCCGGGAUACGUGUACAAUCCGCGUGAGGCCCAGCGGUGCAAGAGGCAGGCGCGCAGGACCAAGACGAUUGCCAGAAAGCUCAAGAAUGGCACUUCCGGGGACGAGCAGCAGCAGCCGAGCAUUUCCGUGGCCGUGGCACAGGGUCGAAGCGCGCCGGAGUUCCAGCAGCAGCAACGUCCGCCGCCGCCUCCGCAAAGCAACGAACAACGUGCAACCAGCGCGGUCCGGGGCAGCGCUACGGGCGCUGGUCAGGGAAUGCCCCUUGGGCGUCGGCCACUGUCGCGGCGUCGGCUCGCUCGGCUGCGCGUCCCUACAACGUGCACCGGUUCCCAGGUCCUCUGCCACCACCAAAGCGUGCGCGGAACAGAGAGCACGCCAUGCCCACCAUUCACUCAACGGCAGCUCGCUCAUUUCAAACAGCCUGAAACACCGAAUACCCUAACAGUGCUUGAUAAUCAGCUAUACCCUACGGUCCUGGACGACGACGACGACGACUCGUAUGCGGGUACGUGGUCGUUCGACCAGGGCGGAAUCAGGGAGACACAAGGCUUUGCAGACGGCACCCCAGGCCAAGGUCAGCCGUCUUCGUCGGCUGCUGGCUGCACAGCUGCUUAGCACCGCAACCACGCGCCUGCCAGGCGUUCGGCGGCAGCUGCGAAGGGCCGGGAAUCAGCUGCAGAAGAUCGUGCCGACUUCAUCCGCACGGUCGCGAUUAGUGCGAGAAUGCCGGAUUGCACGAAGAGUUUAUAAGUUCUUUUUAUUAUGUCAAAGUAAAAAAAUGUG